AUGUGCACUGGAGCGCCGGUUAGCGACACGUGCACCGGAGCGAUGGUUAGCGACACGUGCACCGGAGCGAUGGUUAGCGACACGUGCACUGGAGCACUGAAGAAAUGUGCUCUUCUAACUCAACAAGAGUGGAACACAUGGAGUGUGGCGCAGCUGUCCUUGGAGGUAGACGUGGGUUUGGCCUUCUGGGAAGUUCAGUCACCCCACCAGACUAAUACAGAUCCCACAUGUGCGUCCACGCUCCAACAGGAUGUUUGGACAGCAGCAGUACUCACUAUCAGGUACCUCAGUCCUGAUGUUUGGGUCUGGCUGGACCUCAGACUCUCACCCAGGAGGCAGAUGAGAUCUCUAUCAGCGUGUCUGGUGACUCUGGACCUCUGCUAUCUCGCCCCUCCCUUCUCAUGGAGGGGAGAGAAACGAGAGGGAGAGAGAAAGGCAGCAGCCCACUACCACCAUGUCCCCAGAGGCCCCUCUCCUGCCUCCCCCCCACCCCCACCCCCCCUCCUGCUGCUCAGUACAGCUGUGGCUCAGUCUCAGACUCGACCAGCUGGGAUCCCAUCUCUACCAGAGGACCCUCUGUGUGAACGCCUCUCACCUCCCCUCUGCUCCUCAUUAGGUCGGACCACACAGACCUCCAGCUCCACUCCAGCCCACCCGUCUGUCCACCAUAUCGUCCUCGGAGCGUCCACUCCACUCAUGGCCGUGGCAGAGGGCGCAGCGCCAACGGCGGCGCCCGUGGCCCUGAUGCUCACCCUCAUCGUGGUGGCCCCUGCGCCCGCCUCCGGAGGAUGCCCGUCCGCCUGCCGCUGCUCCUUCGCCAUGCUGCAGUGUCUGGAGCCCGACGGGAUCUCCAGCAUCCCCACGCUGGCGAUACAAGAGAGCGAGAACGUGACAGAGAUUUACAUCGAAAACCAAGCGGGUCUGGAGAACAUCAGCGACAUGAACCUGGUGAACUACAGAGAACUGAGGAACCUGACCGUCACCUCCUGUAAACUGAGGCUCAUCUCUGCCAACGCCUUCCAGUUCAACACAAAGCUUCAGUAUGUGAACCUGGCGUCCAACGCUCUGGAACACAUCAGCUGGAAGGUGUUUCAUUUCCUACCUCUGCUCAACCUUGUUUUAAGGGACAACCCUCUGCUGUGUUCCUGUGACCUGCACUGGCUGACGCAGUGGACGCAGAGUGACCGCGGUGACCUGGACGCUCAGAUGUUGGACUGUUGGUCCGACGGUCACACAGAACCGCUGAGCUCUUUGGUCAUAGAAAACUGCAGUCUACCUGAGGUCAACAUCCUGCCCUCCAACAACAACGUUCAAGAAGGAGGUAACCUGACGUUUGAGUGUCAGGUGACAGGAAGUCCCACCCCCACUGUGAGAUGGCGCACAGAGCAGCUGCGCUCCCACUUCUUCACCCAGGAGAGAAUCUGGGGCUCCACAUUAGAGCUGAUUCUUCACCUCACCAACGUCUCCUCCGCCGACAACCUCCACAACCUGACCUGCGAGGCUGAGAACCAGGCUGGACCCGGAGAGGACGUGGUGCAACUGGACAUUGAAUUUGCGGUGAAAAUCCUGUUUCUCAAAGACGCUGUCCAACAGCACCACUGGUGUUUCCCCUUCGCUGUGGACGGAAACCCUGAACCCGUCAUCUCCUGGUUGUACAACGGCCGAGCUAAACAGACGCGCUUAAUCUACACCCAGCUCAUCCUGGACACCAACGACGGGUCGGUCAAACACGGAUGUCUGUUCCUCAACAAGCCCACGCACAUCAACAACGGACUCUACACUCUGAUCGUACACAACAAACUGGGGAGGGACGAGGCCAACGCCACCGGCAUGUUUAUGGACAACCCCUUCGACCAGUUCGACCCUGAAGGCAUCAUUCCAGUCCCUGAUGUCAAUCCAAGUCCCACAAACAAAUCUGACAUGGACGUCACAGAGAACCUGGAGAGUCGAGUGUUUGUGGUAGGUGUCGGUUGCUGUGGUCUUGCCGUCUUGGCCAGUUCCUUCCUUCUCAUCAUGGUUCUGGUCAUAAACAGAUGUGGACAACAUUCCAAGUUUGGGAUUCCCCGUUCAUCAGUUUUGGGCGCUGAAGACGACCUGGCCGUGUCGCUUCGUUUUAUGAACUUUGGAACCAGCCCGCCCUCCUCAGAUGAAGACUCUGGCUUAUCCAGCUUCGUAGAGAAUCCACAGUACUUCUGCGGCAUCAUCAAGGACAAAGACAUGUGUGUCCAGCACAUUAAAAGGCAGGACAUCGUGUUGAAGUGGGAGCUGGGUGAAGGAGCCUUUGGAAAAGUCUACCUGGCCGAGUGCGCCAACCUCAGCCCAGACAACGACAAGAUGCUGGUCGCCAUAAAAGUGAGUGGGGUUCAGCGUCUACGAGCGCUUUUACUGCCAAUGGGAUUGAGUUUCCUCUAA